GCGUUUUCUUUGCGGACGUGUGUGAAAGAUAUCCAUGAAUGGUGUGAUGGGAGAUACAUUUGCGGUUGUGCCAGGCAGUGUACCCCUCACUUAAAAUUGUAUUAGAUCUUCUGCUUUAUUUAUGUUUUAUUUGAAUGUGAAGUUGGAAUAUAUAUUUCACUGGGUUUAAUCAAUCAUUAUCAAGGAGAGAGAGGCAGGCAGAAUCAUCGGCAGCUGUGCUUGGAGCCCUAGCCUGCUGCUAAAGCUAGCAAGCACGAGACUUACAGGACAGCGCUUCACGGGCUAGUUAGCGAUCAUGCUUCGAGACAACAUGACCUCCAUCGUACAGAAAAUUGCUAGACAGGCGCUUGUAACUUUUAGAAACCCAUCUUCAUUUGGUGAUAAAGCGUUUUUGGGUAAUCAAUGUAAACUCCAAAGCCUCAUGACCGAAAUCAGAGCUGCGGAUCUGAAGAUCGCUCCAAGGAAAGUUGACAGCGCUUCUACGCCUUUGCCACACAACCCCCCGGUCACAUACAUGCACAUAUGCGAGACAGACGAAUUCAGCAUGGGGGUGUUUCUGCUAAAAAGCGGUGCUUCCAUCCCCUUGCACGACCACCCGGGAAUGUACGGAAUGUUGAAAGUUAUGUAUGGCAAGGUCAGGAUCACCUGUUUUGACAGGUUGGACAAAUCAACUAGCGUGGCCAGUGACACGCAAUUCAGCCCUCCACUGCUACCUUUUCAGAGAGGUGCGCUGAGGAGGUCGAUACUCGGGUCGGUCGGGGAGUUUACAGAAGAAAGCGGGCCGUGUAUCUUGACCCCUGACCGAAACAACCUUCACCAAAUCGAUGCAGUCGAUGGGCCCACCGCUUUCCUCGAUAUUUUGGCACCCCCAUAUGAUCCAGACGACGGGAGAGACUGUCAUUAUUAUAAAGUUCUGCAGUCUGCCCCGGAUUCUGAGGACAAAAAGGCUGACGGUCAAAAAGAAGUUUGGCUGAUGGAAGUAUCCCAACCUUCUGAAUUCUGGUGUGGUGGUGAACCAUACCCCGGCCCUGAAGUGAAGAUCUGAAGCGCACUAGCUAUGAACGCUGAAUUGAUUUGUGAACAAUUGAUUCUCAGGACCAUGUCAAAACAAUAUGUAAAUGUAUGACGAUCAUGAUUCCUACAAAUAUGGAAUGGGAUGUGUCACAGUGCUGUGUAAUGGGAAAACAUGUCUUGUGAACUAAAAGCACUUAUCCUAAGUUGGACUAUGCAUUUUGCCUGUAAUGAAAGUACUUAAGCAGUUGAUAAAUUGUGAUCUUUGCACAUCAGCUCUAAUGUAUUUGAAUUUUUGAUAAGCAUUUCAUGUCUUGAAAUGAACUGAAACCAUACACAUUACUCAAAAUAAAAACAUAAAGGUGUAUUAAAAC